AUGUCAAAUAUUAUACAAAAAUUUAUAUUCAAGAAUAUCAUUAGACCAGAGUAUCCAACAAAAUGUUCUUUUGAACGAAGAAAAUUAUUUUAUCGCCCUUCUUUUAACAGAUGGUUAGCUAAUUUAAGAGAAGCAACAAGUUUAUUUAAGAAAUCUGAAACUGAUCAUUUGGACAAUGAUGACUAUAUUCAAGAAACAAUAGUUAUUAAUCAGAAUAAUCAAGAUAAACCUAUCUAUCUUCCAGACAAUAACCAAAAAAUAUUAAUAGAAGAUUCAACAAAUCAACAAGGUGUUACACUUUAUCAAUUAUAUUGCCAAAAAGAAAUUCUUCGAAAAAACAUGAAAGUGAUUCAAGAUAUUAAAAAUGUAAUAGAUAAUUUUAAAAUAGAAGGAUCUGAAUAUCUUAAAAACUCAUUAGAGUACUUAACAAAGGUUAUUAGUGAAUCACCCCUGACUCCAUACAAGUAA